GAUAUUCUCCACUCUAGUUUCCGUCAACGUCUUUUGACGUUCUUUUUUUACUGCUUUCCAAAUUAGGUUAUUAGAUAUUAGUAGUCCCCCUUUUUCCUCCUUUUCUUCGUUUCCCUACUGUUUUUUUGUACUCCCUUGGUGGUGUUUAAGUUUUUCUGUUGGAAGCCAUGUCUGCAAUUGGUUUCGAAGGUUACGAAAAGAGGCUCGAGGUAACGUUCUUCGAGCCCAGCGUCUUUGCUGACCCUCAAGGGAAAGGUCUCCGGGUUCUUUCAAAAGCCCAACUGGAUGAGAUUCUAACCCCUGCUGAAUGCACAAUUGUCUCUUCACUGUCAAAUGAGCAUGUUGACUCAUACGUUCUAUCCGAGUCCAGUUUAUUUGUUUUUCCAUACAAGUUGGUUAUCAAAACCUGUGGAACUACCAAACUGCUUCUAUCUAUCCCAGCCAUUUUGAAGCUUGCCGAUGCUAUUUCCCUCACUGUCCGGUCAGUGAGAUACACUCGUGGCAGCUUUAUCUUUCCUGGUGCUCAAUCCUUCCCACACCGCAGCUUCACCGAAGAAGUAUCUGUACUUGAUGGUCAUUUUGAAAAGCUUGGUUUGAGCAGCAAGGCAUACAUAAUGGGUGGGUUCGAUAAGCCUCAAAAAUGGUUUGUUUAUUCUGCUUCUGCGGGACCUGUUUCUCCUCGUGAUAAAGUGUACACACUCGAGAUGUGCAUGACUAGUUUGGACCGUGAGAAAGCAUCUGUCUUCUACAAAACUCAAAACAGCUCAGCUGUCACAAUGACUAAUGAAUCUGGCAUACGUGACGUCCUCCCAGAGUCAGAUAUCUGUGAUUUUGAAUUUGACCCAUGUGGGUAUUCCAUGAAUGCAAUUGAGGAUGGUGCUGUGUCUACCAUUCAUGUUACCCCUGAAGAUGGGUUUAGUUAUGCUAGUUUUGAGUCAGUCGGGUAUGAUUUUAAGGACUAUAGCCUUGAGCAGCUGGUACAACGGGUGCUAGCUUGUUUUGAACCAGGUGAGUUUUCUAUUGCAGUUGGUGCAGCUGUUGCAUCCAAGAAACUUGAGAAGACCUGUUCGAUUAAUGUAGAUGGGUACGAUGUGGAAGAGAAGAGUUAUGAAGAGCUGGGUUGUGAAGGUUCGAUUGUGUACCAGAAGUUUGUGAAGAAGGAGGGCAGCUGCUGUGGUUCACCUAGGUCGGUUCUGAAAGGUGGCAGCUGGAAAGAGAAGGAAAAUGAAGAAAAGGAGUAUCAGUAGCUAUAGUAUGUAUUGAAGAAGGGUUGUGUCGUCUGUGUCGUGUUUCCUUGUUACUUGAAUUCGUAAAUAAAAGCCAUUUGUAUUGGCUCUGCUGGUUUUAAUUUGAGUUCUUGUUGCUGUCUUGAGUCUGUUUCUGUUAUGAUGAUUAUUGGGUCGCAUUACCCAUAUGUUCUCGUUUAAUAGGCAAUUUUGCUACAUUUUGAUUUCA